UACGGUCGCUGGAGUCUGACGCGCAUGCGUUGUGUGGUUCUCGCCGUUCUCUCUGCUCGGAGCCCGUGAGCUCCGGAACCGGAAGUUUUCCCGGGAUCUUCCCGACCUGGAGUGCAGCUGGCGCCUCGGGAAUAGAAGAGAUGUACAAUAUCCAUCAUGGCAGUGCCUGUCAGCAGGCAUCCACUCACUUGCUGCCACCACGUCCCUCACCUUGUUGUGUCACUGCCGCACCACCAGCCGUCUUACUAAAGUGAAUGGGUCUGUCGAUCCAGCUGUAAAUGCAUCACAAACAGGGCUCCCAGGAUGAGGAAAGCAAACAGGAGUGCAGGCUCCGUCCCCAAAGUACCUGCCACAAAUAAACCACAAGGCACCGAAAGGGCAAAAUCCGAGAGCAACGCACCUACUUCAUCCAAGAUAACUCGCCCAGGAUCUUCUUUAUCAAAGGCUAAGAGUAAUGAUGAUCUCCUGUCUGGAAUGGCUGGUGUACCACCCACAAGCAACAGUGUAAAAGUGAAGAAAAACAGUGCUGCAACGAACCUGAGUUCUGGGGCAACAAUGAGUGGAACAGAUGGAAGGACCAAAAGCAGUGCAGGUAGUAACUCCAUCAGUAAAAAAAGUGGCUCAUCUGGACCGAAGGAAGCAGGAUCUUCUCGAGAAAGGGUCAGAGACAGAUCUCGUCUGAAUGCUAGCAAAAAAACACAAGGAUCUGGUGUUACCACAGGAGAAGUGACUGCCUCAGUUAAGCGAUCUCGAGCUUGUGCAGAGUCAGAUGUUCUACGUAUGAGUAAAUCCAAAUCAGAUAACCAGAUCAGUGAUCGUGUUGCUCUUGAAGCCAAGGUGAAGGACCUGCUUAGUCUGGCCAAAAACAAAGAUUCUGAGAUCUUGCUACUUCGUACUGAAUUAAGAGACAUCAAAGCACAGCUAGGUCAUGACAUAUCUGACAAGAGUCCUGAGGAUCCUCCUGUAAUGCAGUUACAAGAGCAGAAUGCUGUAGUGCGGGAAGAACUGCAGCAGUUGAAAAGUGAGAACAGAAUGCUUAAGGAUCGGCUAAAUGCAUUGGGAUUUUCAUUGGGUCAACAGGUUGAUGUUACAGAGAAGCUUUACUGUUACCAAUCCAUGGAUAUGGCUGCUGGCAGCCACAGUGACUGUGGAGGAGGCACUUUGGCCUCAUCAGUGGAGGGCUCUGCUCCUGGAUCUAUGGAGGACCUUUUGAGCCAGGAUGAGAGCACCCUGACUGGUGAGAGGAGGAGUAGUUCUAUGGAUAAUUUAGAUAGUGAAUGCAGCGAGGUUUACCAGCCUCUCACCUCUAGUGAUGAUGCUUUGGAUGCCCCAUCUUCAUCGUCUGAAUCAGAAGGCCUACCAAACACUGAACGAUCACGAAAAGGUAGCAGUGGCAAUGUGAGUGAGGUGUCGGUGGCUUGUCUAACAGAGCGGAUUCACCAAAUGGAGGAGAACCAACAUAGCACAGCUGAGGAGCUGCAAGCUACUCUUCAGGAGCUGGCUGACUUGCAGCAGAUCACACAGGAGCUAAAUAGUGAAAAUGAACGGCUUGGUGAAGAGAAGGUCAUCUUGAUGGAUUCUCUUUGCCAACAGAGUGACAAGUUGGAACUAUUCAGCCGCCAGUUGGAGUAUGCACGAGCACUUCUUGAUGAGAACCAUGUACAGUACUCUUUGGAUGAUGACCUUAAAAGUAGCCGUUACUUGGAGCUCGAACAGAGAUAUAUGGAAUUGGUAGACAGCAGUCGCUUUGAGCGAGAGCAGUUGUUGGGUGUCCAGCAACACUUGAGCAACACUCUUAAGAUGGCAGAGCAAGAUAACAAGGAUGCUCAGGAUGUGAUUCGUGCACUUAAGGAGCGAAACCACCACAUGGAGCGCAUUGCUGAAGCUGAGCAACAUGCAAAGCAAGCAUUGGCAGUCACUCUAGAGGAGUAUAAAGCCUCCCUCAAUGCCGAACAGGGUGAAUGUACACGUCUUAAGUCACAGUUAGAGCAGGAGAAGCAACGAGUUGCAGAGCUUUACUCUAUUCACAGCUCUGAUGAUGCAUCUCACAUCCAGAACCUACUGGAAAGUGUACGUUCCGAUAAAGAAAAAGCAGAAACUCUGGCAGGGAACUUGCAGGAGGAGUUGUUGCAUGUACAGAAUGAUCUCAGACGUAUGCAAGAUGCCUUUGACAAGCUGGAAGAUGAAUAUAGAGCAUUUCGUGAAGAAGCACAAAAGCAGGUGUCGGAACUAACACUGGCACUUGAUAAGGUGAGGGGUGAAUUGGAGGAGAAGGAGACAGAACGCAGUGACAUGAAGGAGACCAUUUUUGAACUGGAAGAUGAAGUAGAGCAGCACAGAGCUGUGAAGCUACAUGACAACCUCAUCAUAUCCGAUCUGGAGAAUACUGUAAAAAAGCUGCAGGAUCAGAAACAUGACAUGGAGCGUGAAAUAAAAAUACUGAACCGGAAGUUGAGGGAGGAAUCUGCUGAAUGGCGACAGUUCCAGGCUGAUUUGCAAACUGCUGUUGUAAUUGCUAAUGACAUAAAGUCUGAAGCACAGGAAGAAAUUGGAGAACUUAAACGGCGACUGCACGAAGCACUGGAAAAGAAUGAAAAGCUUUCCAAGGAACAGGAGAAUGCCGCAUCUCGCAAACAAGAAGAGGAGCGUGGUCGUGUCUAUAAUUACAUGAAUGCCGUGGAGAGAGAUCUUGCUGCCUUGAGACAAGGAAUGGGUCUUAGUCGAAGGUCUUCCACCUCUUCUGAGCCCACACCCACUGUCAAGACUCUUAUCAAAUCCUUUGAUAAUGCAUCCUCUACAGCUCCUGCUUCCCCAACAGCAGUGGCAACAGCUCCAGCAACAACCGCCAUUCCCCGCACACCUCUGAGCCCCAGCCCUAUGAAGACACCGCCUGCCGCCGCUGUCUCUCCCAUGCAGAGACAUUCUAUUAGUGGACCUAUAUCUUCUACUAAAUCCUUAGCAGGGUUAUCAGAAAAGAGACCAAGUUAUGCAGAAAUACCCGUACAAGAGCAUUUGUUAAGAACUACUGCUGGCAGCAGAACAGCAUCCGCUUUACCUCGGGGCCAAGCCAUAGACGGCACAAAAUCCAUCUCUGUGUCACGCCGUAGCAGCGAGGAACUGAAACGUGACAUCAGUGUUCCAGAUGGGAGUUCUGCUUCUCCUUUGAUGUCAAUGACUUCACCCUCAUCACAGCUAUCCCUCACCUCUUCCUCCCCUACCGCAUCUGUCACACCAACUGCACGGAAUCGAAUCAGGGAGGAAAGAAAAGACCCCUUGGCAGCCCUUGCAAGAGAGUAUGGUGGCUCCAAGAGGAAUGCUUUGCUAAAGUGGUGUCAGAAGAAGACUGAGGGAUACCUGAAUAUCGACAUCACAAACUUCAGUAGCAGCUGGAAUGAUGGUCUGGCCUUCUGCGCUUUACUGCACACAUAUCUUCCUGCCCACAUUCCAUACCAGGAGCUGAGCAAUCAGGACAAGAGGAGAAAUUUCACAUUGGCCUUUCAAGCAGCUGAAAGUGUAGGCAUCAAGUCUACCCUGGACAUUAAUGAGAUGGUACGAACAGAGCGACCUGAUUGGCAGUGUCUCAUGACAUAUGUUACAUCAAUUUACAAAUACUUUGAAACCUGAACACCUGUCAGGCCUGGUGUGCCAUAACCCCCUCCAUCUGGAAAAUUGGAAUACACUUCCUUGUGUGAGGAAUACACUUCCUUGUGUGAUGAACCGAACAGCCCUGUAAUAUGAAGAACUUUGUAGUGUUUUCACUGCCCAACGUCUUCUACGGAUACACCAGUCUGUACUGGGAUAUACAACUUUAUACAUGAGUGAAGGGUCAUCCCCCAUCAUUUCCAGUGCCCUUUGCACGGCACAGGCAUUGUACAGAUAAUUUCAGCUUACAGCAACUCAGGCUGCAGCUUGUGCCAAGGCAGUAGAAGUGACGUGGGCAAAUCGUUUUCUUUUUUGGUCAUGUUUUCCUAGUGCCUUAGCAAUGUGUGCACCUUACAGCUGCUCCGACCACUCGUCACAAAUUGUUAUCCACCAAAGCACAUGGUGUGCCAACAUCCUAGCUGCUGCCUUCUGGAUCCUGAUUGUCUUUUAUUCUUCGUGCCUGUAACACUAAGUGUUAAUACAUGUGAAUGUUGAGCUACAUGUGUCUGUCGGCGUCCUUCAGUCCUUUGCCUUCAUAGCAGAAACCGACAAAUGUCAUAUUGAUGCAUGUGAAUCUGCAGAGCAACCAUAGCCAAGGUUAAUCCCAAAUGUAGUAUUUUAUAUUACUUCAAGAGACUUUGUUGACAAACUUUCACAAGACGUCUGUCAGGUUUGGGUGGAAAUUCCUUUUUAAAGCUGUCCCUAAUUUUCUUUAAAAUGCACAGACUCUACCAGACUGUUGUGUUGGCUUUCUGAGCGUAAUAGACCAUUUUUACUAACUGUAUAAAAUCAGAUUGCACAAGGACAUUUAAGCAUAGUCUUUUCAUGGUCCGCUUGGGAUGUAUUGGUCUAAGAGCAAUUCAUUCUGCUUUUUGUUUAUGGCAGUUUUCUAAUAUUGCUUCUAAAUGUGAUUUCAUACAAUGAAAACAACAUUUCAGUUUUUAAUAGCAGCAUAGUGAGCGGACAGGCCAAGAUGAUAGGAAUUCUGCAUUUUUAUAGUAAACAUUUGUACUCUGCACUGGAUUUAUCUUCUUUCAAAGGGCCAGUGCAGAAUUCACAACCAGACAGUCAUCCAGAGAGUUGACAAGUGUCUGAUUUGAAAAAAAGGGACCAACGUUGGAGAAUUGGCUUUGAAUUGGUAUCUGAUUCUUUGGUCAAGAGGUUAAAAAUCCAUUUACAAACUCACCAGUCUCGUGUCAACAGAAUAUACCACAUAUGUAUCACAUUGCCUGCCUCUCCUCACUGUGGUUACAUACUUGCAGCUAUGAAUGUUAUUCUUUGAUUCUUGGCACUGAGGGUUAAAUCUUAUUCCCAGACUUCUCAUUGCCAGACUCGGAGGUAUGAUAUUAGGUCAAGUAUAUAGGGCAUUCAUUGUUAAAUACCAUUUACAGUGACUUACAACACUAUAGACAGUUUAUUUUAUAUUGUACAUUUUUUUCAAGCUAAUUUAUUGUUUUGCUAUAUUUCUUAAUAUCUCCGAACAACUGUAGGUUAACAGUUUGCCAAAAAAAGUUGUUGUGUUUUUUGUUUUUUUUACAUGACUUUCAGAAUGAGUAUUAAGAUCUGUUCAUGUGUUUUAAUAAAAUUGUUCUGCUGUUAUUGGAUAUAAAAUCGGAACUCCAGGCAGAGGUAUUUGUUUAAUUGAAACAAAAGUUACUUCUGAUUAAGUGAAUGGUUCACAGAAUACAGGACAUCUAUGAAUGGCCAUGGAGAGGAGGGACAGAUUAGACAGAGCUUCCGUGUGUGAAAGCCACAACUCUCAUAUCUGCAGUGGCCAGUGAUACAGGGAUCCAACAUAAAAAAAGUGUGUGUGUUUCUAUGGACAGGGAAGGCACACACCUUAUCAGAGGUACAUUUGUACAAACCAAUAACUGAAAAAAUACCUCUGCCUGGAGAUCCAUUCAAUGGUGUACCUGUCGCUCAUGCACAGUGGAGGUGUCUGAACUAGCCUAAACUUGUAACCUGUUCUGGUGGCUGGACCAGUAUGCCACAAUAAUGCCGCUAGUUGCUAGUAAAUUGAUAAGCUAUUAUCACUGCUUCCAUGCUGGCCCAAUGAUUAUUGGGCACACACGUCCGAGAAAUAAAUUAUCUUGCAACAGUGCUGCAUUGAACAGAGAGCAGGGAAUCCUUGACACAAGUGGUGCUGUCCAUGGUAGUUCACAGGUACUAUCAGGUUUAGUGUUAAUUUUUAGUCUUAUUGCUCUCCAGGGAAGACACCUCAAAUUGAAUGUGAUUAAUUAACAAUAACAAAACUGUUUCCUUCUUCCUUUAGUGAUAAGCCGAUUUAGAAUUAAUAGUGAGUGCAGGCCGUCCUAGCAAGUGAAUGCAGCAUGAGGCCUCUUAGAUCUGAUAGGUUGCCCGCUACUGGCCUACGUGCUCAGUAAUACUGACAAACCUAACCACAAAAUGACUGCCACCUCUUUGCAUAUGGGGCAGGUACACUUUAAAUGUUACGUAUUUUAAUAAACUGCCUUCAAACUGGCAGACCUUUCUAGCAGCCAGACUUUGCAUUGAUAACUCUAAAGCUUUAACCACAUCUUGUGAGUGGAUCCCUAACACACUGCAAAGCAGUUACAGAAGGUACAUACAGUUCUCUGCAGGCCUGUCUGCUAGCAAGGUGUUAAUGGCAGUCUUAUUAUUUUAUUAAUAAUGUUAUAUAAAUAUAUAUAUAUACAUAUGUUAUACCUAAACAUGCAUUGGCUUUGCGAUGCAAAAGGGCAUUUCUGAAAUAAAAGUAAGCUUUACUUAUUUA